AUGGCAGACUCGAUCCUUGAGGUGCUGUCUCCGCAUCUCGACAGCAAUGGCCCACCACCGCCAUCGUCCUCGCGCACCUCCCCAUCUCUCUCAACAGAUGCCACGGCGCUGAAGUAUAUGAACCGACUGACCACCCUAUCACUCGACAGCCUCAAGUCUACCGAACCCCAAUCAAUCUCGCAUUCCGCUCAUUCCACCCUGCUAUCCCUCCAGGCGCUUUCGAACCGUUCGCAUAAAGCGUUCAUCGCAUCCUCCGACCACCUUUCAAAUCUCCAAGGCUUAAUACCAUCAUUGUCGCAAGAGGUUAAGAAAUUGCAGAAUGAGAUACCAAAACUUGACGAAGAAGCCGUGCGCUUCUCGACCCGAUAUAGCAAGGCCGGCGAAAACCCCGUUUUGGAUCGCCGAAGGAAGGCAAUGCAGCUGUCACGAAACGUGGAUCGUAUAUCGGAUAUACUUGAGCUUCCAGCUCUUCUGUCAACUGCAGUAUCAUCUUCGGCUGCGGCCUCAGGCCCUGCGGCUGGAAGCUUGUCGACGAACAAAUACUCGACCGCGUUAGACCUUUAUUCGCAUAUCAAGCGUCUCCAGACACUCUAUCCAGAUUCCCCGCUGGUAAACGAUAUUGUUCUACAGGCUGAAGAUGCAAUGAAAGAUAUGACUACAAAUCUUAUAACUGGGCUCAGGGCGCAAAAUAUAAGACUGGCAGCCGCCAUGCGGACAGUUGGUUGGCUUAGACGGGUGGCUCCUGAGCUGGAAAACCCGCGAGGAAAUGGUGGAUCAACAUCCGAUGAAGGGGCAUUUGGCGCAUUGUUUCUUGUAUGUAGAUUGGCAAGUCUAGUCUCUACGCUGGAGGCUCUGGAUCCUCUUAGGGAAUUGGCAGAUCAGGAAACCAAGCGCAGAACCGAGGCGCCCUCAUCAGAACAAAGAUCAUCAAAUUCUGCUAAAACUAAUGCAUGGUCUGGAGGUCAGCAGACUGAGCGGUUCUUGAAGCGGUACAUUGAGAUAUAUCGCGAGCAGAGUUUUGCGAUUGUAUCGCUAUACAAAAAUAUUUUCACAACAGAACCAUCAUCUGACACCGAGCUGAUCACGGCUAGCAUUUCUGGAUUGAAAACACAACCACCACCGAAACAGGCCAAGAAGAUCGACCCUCUACAAACGCUUCCUCCGACAGUUGCAACGUUCCCAAUUCACCUUGUCCGCUUACUUACAGAUACUCUCCGUACUUAUCUCCCUAAUGUUCGUGACAAGAGCUCCCGAGAAAGUCUCCUGACGCAAGUCCUCUACUGCGCCGCCAGUCUCGGCCGGCUAGGCGGCGAUUUUAGCAUGAUACUUACAGAACUCGAAGCCGAGGAUGAGGAAGAGGGAGAGGACGAAGAGUCAGAGGCCGAUGGAGAACUUGUUCGUGAGUGGGAGCAAGUUAUGCGGAAACAUCGGGCUUUGGCAGGAAAGCUCGAGCAGCUUACGAACGGCCCAUCAUCGGCUGCAAACGCUACGAAGGGCCUUUUGCCUGUGUCCUCAUAG